GGUGACAGACGUCCAUCUGACAAGUAGGAUGAAUAUAGUGUAUGACAUUGAGGCUCGCCAUUGCAAAAAGGUGUGUUUUCAUUUUGAGAAAGGCAAGCCGUAUAGGCACCAUUAUUGUAAUUGCAGCGAAUGUAAUAGCCUAUAGUACCAUGGUCACACCGCAGUUAAUGCGUCCUCUAAAGAAACAGUCCUGCUUGCUACCAGUGCGCUUAGACUCCACCUCCUCUCAGUCAUUGUUUACAUGUGCAUGAGACUUUAUGCAUUUUAUCUCUAACGUCUUAAUUGGACAAUUGUGAGACAGAAACCGCGUUGUUAUUGUGCUCAUUUACGAGGGUUUCUUUAAGAUCCGUGUUUGAAAGAAACUGGAUAAUUAAAAGGCGCUUUCCUGACGCCAGCAACUUUUGAACCGUCCAUCCACAGUGGCAAUACCGCAUAGGCUACUGAGGAAAAUUGGCAAAGUACAACUAAUCCGAUGCUGCAGAAGAGAGCACUUGCUUUAGGCUGCAUGGAUACUUAACACAGGAUUGCAGGAAACAGGGAAGGAGACAAGAUGAAACAAUUCGCCUGGGAUGGAUCCAACUGUGACAGAUGCAAAGGCUAUUGCCCCUGAAACUCCGAAAACGUGAACCUGAAUGAUAGCACGGAUGGUUUUGUGAGGAUGACUGCCGCAAAAGCCAGCACUGGUGUAGGCGACUCAGGUCUCCCCCGGGACAGUGAGAAGAGAAGUGCCAGCAGUGCCUCACCUGCUGGUGCAACAUCACUGGUAGUGAGAAGCACAAGGGGAUAUUCGUUGGACGACUUUGAGACGGUUGCUACUGUUGGAACAGGUACUUUUGGUCGUGUGGCUCUUGUCAGAGAUCGGAGAACAAGGUGCUAUUAUGCACUGAAGUCCAUGAAGAUUGCAGAUGUGAUUAGGUUAAAACAAGAACAACAUGCCCACAAUGAAAAAGAGGUUCUUAUGGAGGUGAACCACCCCUUCCUCAUCCGACUGUAUUGGACCCAUCACGAUGAGCGCUGUCUCUACAUGCUGAUGGAGUAUAUGCCUGGGGGAGAGCUAUUCAGCUAUCUACGCAGCAAGGGCAAGUUCAACAAUAACACUGGACUCUUCUUCUCAGCGGAGAUUGUGUGUGCCAUAGAGUAUAUGCACGCGAUGGAGAUAGUAUACAGAGACUUGAAGCCUGAGAAUAUACUACUGGACUGUGAGGGGCACAUCAAGCUUACAGACUUUGGCUUUGCUAAAAAACUUGUGGACAGAACCUGGACUCUGUGCGGUACACCAGAGUACUUGGCCCCAGAGGUCAUUCAGGGCAAAGGUCACGGAACAGCAGUGGACUGGUGGGCCCUGGGGGUGCUCAUCUUCGAGAUGCUUUCUGGGCAUCCUCCCUUUUUUGAUGACAACCCUUUUGGCAUUUAUCAAAAGGUUCUUUCUGGCAAGAUGGACUGUCCCCGCCAUCUGGACUUCUAUGUGAAAGACCUCCUCAAGAAGUUACUUGUUGUUGACAAAACCAAGCGGCUGGGGAACCUGAGAAAUGGAGCUGAUGAUGUAAAGAGACAUCGAUGGUUCAAGCCUAUUGACUGGGAAGCUGUACCACAAAGAAGAAUGAAGCCACCCAUCAUUCCCAAGGUCACCCAUGAAGGAGACACAUCAAACUUUGACUCCUACCCUGAGGAGAAGAGGAGGAGGGAGCCACCUGUAUCUCCAAAGGACCUAGAGACAUUCAAGAACUUCUGAAUCGCCCUUUCAUUUUUUUCUCACACAGUAUUACGGCUGCAAGGUACUAAAGCUGUAGAGGAAAAGGAGAGGUUUCUAUUCUUCACUGACCUGCGGAAGGGUCAGUUGAGUGGGAGGGGGAUCUACUGGAACACGGCUUGACAGUGCAUGUGCAGAUUGUUGUCAGUUGCUCUUUUAAGUAGGACACAAAGCAGAUGUGGCCAGGAGUUACACAUAGUUUCUCUUUCCUAGAGUAUCAGGAGAGACCCGAGCAGAGACAUUUUUUUUGUAAGGAGAGACCUCUCCUCUUCUCUACAGUACCGUACUCACAUGGUGUUUGAUCAAGACCAGGACAUGAUGUUUGCCUUCAAACAAAUGACAAUGAAAAUCAAACACCUAAACCUAAAUGGCAUCUACAGACAGUAGACUGUUUAUCAAACCCAGUUUAUAGUUUAUAGAGGCACUGUUUAGAAAUGUGGGACUGGAGGGGCAUUUAGAGAUGCUUAAUGAUUGCUCCUUGUGUCUUGCAUUGUUUGAAGGGAUCACAUGCAAUGGCAUGUCUAAAAAAAAAGGUCUCUGUGGGCCACUCUCAGUCAGAGGGCUUUCACAGUCAGUCACAGUACUGAAUUUGAAUUUGUCUUACUGAAGAUUAUUUUUAUUUCUGUGCUUUCCCCUCUCCAGUGUACCCACAUUAUUUAGGCCAUCCCUCGUUUGCCUGCAGUCUGUUUAAGGGGGUUUGAUCUUUUGGCCUCUGGUUACAUACAGUAGGUUUAAGUGGACUAUUCUAGACCUAUUAAAAGUAAUGAGCUCCUCUAAAGAGUGGUGGAGAUGAGACCCUUUACUCUUUACAGGGCUCUCUCAGACACCCGGGGCAUCUGGGGAACUUGCUCUGGGUCUAGCCGUUUCCAUUAGGGGGACCGGCCUGAGGAAGUUAAGCUCGCCUGAAGACCAUCGCCUCAGGAAGCUUGUUUACUGGCAGAAUAAGCCAUGCAGUCCCGCUAUCAGUAAUCUGCUUUGGUGCUGUACAGAUUUCAGCAACAGCUUCUCAAGGCCAUUAGUUGCACUGUGUUUCUUCUUCUUCCUGAUGUUAUGGUUAUUUGAAGGACACUGUUUAUUGUCUGUUCAUCUUGACAAAACAAGCACACUGCAAAGGUUUAAUAGUCGUGUCAAAUUUCACAGAUAAGUCAAAAUCAUUGAGAAAUAAUAUGAAAACUACCUUACAAAGCUAUAGAAUUCUACAAAUGGCAUAGAUAGUCCGACUGGCUCUCUUCACUCCAGAAGGUCUACAUUUCAAGACUCUUCCUUUUUUGCUGCAGAUGGACUUAUAUAAUAUCCCUGAUUUAUGUCUGUCUGUAGACAAAUAAACAUUUGCAAGGACAGCAAGUGGAAAAUAUAGUGGAGUUUAUGGAUGGUUGUCAGAGUCUUGAGAAGGAACAGCUUCUGCUUAUUUGUAGCCAGAUGUUUUUUAAUUAAAGUGGCAUCCCAUCAGUCGUGGAACUUGUUCAGGAGUCUUGUGUCAAAUGAUAGAAGCUCUUAAUGGAGUUCUUUCAAAGCCCCUAGCCUCCAUAUAGAGAGAAAGCCAAGCGUCCAUGCAAUCAGGGGACACUGGAGAUGAAUUGCUGUUUGAUUGCUCAAACCGUUGGAGGCUGCUUGAGACUCAUUGUAGCCAGAUGUUGAGAAGGUACAAAGUCAUCUCUCUCCAAAGAGUGAUUGUCAUCUUCACUCCUUCCAGUAGCAAUAACCUGUAGAGCCUACUUACGCCAGUGAUUAGACAUGGUGGAAAUUCUACAAUUGUGUCCCCCCCUGUUCCCAGUAAACAGAGUUAAUAUAUGCUCUGCAGCCUAGAAUAUUGCAUGUUCCUGCUUACCAUUUUGGUGAACAAAUAUACCAACUCUAUUUCAUGUUGGAUAACAGGUAGGCUAUGUUUUGUUGGCUAAGGGUGAACAUUCUCAUUUAACAAGGAGUUUUAUGUGGCCCCUUCCAUGUUUCUAGUGGCUGUUGGAGACUUGCAUAUAAUAUUCUGAACAGCACACAAUCAGGAUGAGGCUGGCAGUGCGGCCAUCUGACAUUUAUAUUGCCCCUGUAUGUGGAUAUGUGGAUAAAUGAUCAAUGAAUAUUGUGUGGAUGUAGGGCACAUGAAGUGGACACAGGGACCUCAUUGUGUGUUUAUUUCAGCAGUGUGUGUGUGGGGGGGGGGGGUGUGUGUGGUGGUUUGAAUUUAAUAUAUGUUAAUGGCCCAGUCAUUAAUAGUAUUUUAAUAUUAUAAUGUUUAGCAGAUCUUGGAACUAUAUGUAGUGUUUCUGAAGCAUGUUAACUGGAAUGCUGUGAACCUCUCAUUUCCCUUCUUCUCUCUGGGUGCAUUAGGCCUUGGCUAAAUGAAAUCUUUUGACUAAUAGCUGCUGUAAUAAUCCAAUUCUACUCUUGAAUGUGAAAAUGGGUUGCUAAUGCCAAAAGGUGUUGAAGUUUCUCACAUGUUUAUUGUUAGUCAGGCCUCCUCUGUUUGAAAUUGUUUCCCUGUGUGAGUAAUUUGUCCUUGGUGGUCUGUGCUCCGACCCAAAGUGUGGUUGUGAGUGCACAUGUAUGCCAGCCGUGCAGAAUACAGUGUGAUCAUGUGGCGUUUAGCACCAGCUUGGGCCUAAUUUACCUCUGCACAGCAAAGUGCAUUAAGUAACCUGCAAUACAACUCUCUUUUCAUUUACUUUUUAUUUCCCCCCUCUCCCAUCCACACUGAAAGCAUUGAAAGAGCUCUCACAAAAGGCUAGAGUUAUGUAAGCAGCACACUGGACAGGCGAUCUUGUCUGGAUGCUAACAUACAGUUGGUACAAAGCUUAUUUCAGCUCUCGGCAUAUCUUAGAACUGACAUGCACAUGCAUUUCCCCAUAAGCUGAGGUCAAACGUCUGUCUAACAGGCAUUGCAGCUGUUGACCUUCAUGCAAAACAUGCAUUCAUUUAAAAACCAUACAUAGCUAUAAUUUUAUAGUCAGUGAGACUAAUUAGAACACCAGACUACACUAUGACAGCUGGGGCCCUAAUUUAAGGUUCACAGUUCAAACCACUGAAGAAUGAUCAUUGCCACGGUCUUCACCAUAUUUAACAUGUUGGCCUAUGAGCCUAAUAAACACGCAUGAAAUCAAGCAACAUAGAAUAUUAGGGGAAAUGAUUUAUGGAUAUUAAAGUGGAAAGGAACGUGAGGGGUUUAGUGGGGAUGGGUAGUGUAAAUCCCUUAUGGGAACAAGUCCUGUUAGCACUUAUGCGGUGGAGAACAGAGCGUGUGGUAUAUGCUUGUCAAUCAGGAAACCAAAACUAUUCAGACCGUCUUCCAAAUAUUUUCUCACAAACUAAUGAAAUACUUUUAAUGGCAAAACUGUCCCAGCCACACUCCAACAGAAUAACAGAAAAGUAUUGUAUCACACAACAAUUUUGUAAAAUAAAGUAAUCCUUUUCAGGAAGUCCAUGAAACACAGAUGGUAUUCCAUAUCCAGAGUGGAUAACCCCAAUUGCAAAUAAACCAAGGUUAGAUUCAAAUAAUAUUCGAAAUUUAGGAAACUAUCAGAUUAGUUGUUUCGGGCAUCUACCUCAAUUCAUUUCCCUUUGUGCACAUCCAAUGCAAACCAAGUGGCCAGCAAGCCAUAGGAUAGAGAGAGGAGGUUCGUGAUGGUGAGAAGUGAAUGACGGGGGAAAGGAAUGUAUCGUCUACCUCGGCUUUUAAGGAAUGAUCCCAUUUCUAGACAGAGAUAUUGUGCUUCUUCUCACACAAGGCCGGUCUUCAAUGCCACUACACUGAGAGAUGACAUACCGAUUUAGAACGGUGAAUGGAAGAACACUGCAUUCUAAACUGAGUGACUACUAUGCUGUAAAAUACAAAAACUUAAUACUACUUUUGUGUCUCACAUUUUGUUGUGCAUUACCAAAGGCCGCAGUGAAUGAUACCCGGACUAUUGUAUUCACUGUCUGUGCUGCAUAGAGCAUGUUAUGCCUAACUAGCGAUUUGAUUCCAUAUUUUGUUGAGUUAAAUGAUCGGUGGAUCUAGUAACUCGGUAGUCAAUGUUAUUCUGUCAGACUGUGAAGAGAUUCGAUCAGAUGGGCCUCCAGACAUUGAAACCCAGGAUGCAGGAUACAUUUCAAAGAAAGAAAUAGCAGAGCACCCUCCUCAAAACUAUAUACAUGAAACGCCUACAUUUUUGAUCAGACACACCCACAUGAGGCAUAGGUCUGCCCUCACAGGCACUUAAGUCUGUGCACAUGUUACCAAAUUACCACAUGAUUGUGCCCAAGUUCACGCGAUGCCAGAUCAAUUGAAACAAUGAAACGAAUGGCUUCUCUAAGCUUUGCAUAGGCCAUGGCUGUCGUAGGCCCUCCAGAAAUAGGUCUGUGUUUGGAUGAGCACAUGGCCACACUCAUGCACACUCAGCAGUAGCCAUUGCACCCAGCAUGAGUCUUUAUGUCCUGGUAUGAUUGUUUUUACACAUUAUAGCAGGACUGUCAGCAAGCUCUUCAAAUAUAUCUCGCAGCAGUUCUGAACUUGUCAAAAAGUCUUCGCUAUCUUUAGUCUUAUUCAGUGCCUUAAAUAUGGCAGCAUGUGCAACUAUGCAGCUUCUAUAUAGUUUAGUGGAGAGCAACACAACAGCCCAGGACAGGAACCAUUCAGGCUGAUGUUCUGAUGGGAUAUUGUGACAUAUUAUUUCAAUGAAAAGUGUUGUGGGCUGGGAUAUUUAAAAUGGCAGACAAUGAAUGGUUUAUUGCACUAGGUGAUACAGGUAAAAGUCAGUGUCACAUUGGGUUGACUGCUUUGUAGUUUGACAUCACGCUCUUGACCCAGAGGACAAUAGUUAUGAUAGUUCAGACAAACUUAUCCAUAUGUUUCUCUUUAUCCUAACAGUGGAAGUACAGUAUGUUGGAUAGGCCAAAGGAAAAUUCAAAACACAAUUUAUAUUUCUGUUCAUCUCCCUUCCCAGAGCUGUGAACUGAUAUUACAGAACCAUAAACAGUUUGCCUCAUUCAGUGUCACGUUUUAAACUCUGGUAACUAUGUCCAUAUUUCAUUCAGGUUAAGGGCUGAUUUAUAGAGUAAGCACUAACAGAUAACUACACCUAUAGAGAAAGAAUAGAAUUUCCUUUCAGAUGAUGAAAAAUAAAUAACAUUAUCAAUGUGAUUAAGAAAAUUAUGGUUAGAUUAUUUCAAGCACUGUUUAUUCCAAUGAAUAAAAAAACUGUUGAUUAGCAGCAUGUCUGUCAUUUGUAAGCUCUUUGGCUUUUAAAUAUGAAAUGUGUAUAUUACAAAUGAAAAUGUUGCAUUACCUUGACUGGGCCGGGUUUCCCAAUAACGAUUAAUCUUAAGCGGUUAUGAAUGUUCUCUACGAGGAAUAAGUCCCUGUUAAGAAGCUCUUAGCCGUCUACGACUACUCUGGAGCUCACGUAAAUCUACGAGCAUUUUCGAGCACUGCUUAUGUUAAGAUGUUUUCAGGAGGCACUCCAACAUUGUAAGAUGAUUUUUAAGAAGUAUUCUACGAUUCUACUUAGGCUUACGAUGCUUUUGGGCAACCUGGCCCCGAUCCGUGAAAGCACUGCCAUAUCUGUGCUGCUAAACAGGGAUGACUGCAUGCAACUGUAUGAAUGAUAGAAAAUGAUUGGGCAGAAUGUUGCUCUAAUAUGACAUGUUGCUCCUGUAAAACCUGGAGAAAUGAGCCCUGCAAAAUGAGACGAAUGGAGAUCCUGUCACACAAUGAUUUAAUAUACUCUUAUUUUUUGAUACCCACAUUUUGAUAUUUUGUGAUUGGUGUUCCUUUCCUUUGAUCCUCUGUGUAGUGUUUCUCUUGCUUCUCCUUUCAUUUGACAUUUUUUGUCUGUUUUCCACAUUAAAAAGUUACCACAAUUAA